UUUAUUAAUGUUAAUAUGCUGAAAAUACAACACGUGCAUAACAUAACCAACGAAACUACGAGAAAUGACAAUCAAAUUAUCUUCAAGGUAAAUAACUAUCAAAUGGAUUAUCCAUUUAAUCCAAGUAUACUACAAAAAAGACCAUCUCUAUUCAGAGCAACGGCACAGGAUGAAAUAAAUAAAAAAUUGUUAGUGGAAAACUUUAUAUCAGCAAAUAAGGAGCGAAUGAAAUUUGAAUCCAAUGUGCCAAUUACGUGGGAGAGGCUCGGCUCUGGUUAUAGGAUUAUCGAUUUCCCAAUUGAAAGAAUGGAGGAAAUACUCGAGCAUAUAAAAGUUUACUAUUUCUAUUCGGAACGAGCACCUCUAGCCACAUCAUUGUUCAUUAAUUCAUAUACAUUGAUAAAAUACUUACAAUUUAUAUUGAAAGCGGUAACGGAGCGAAAUAGUUUUUGCGCAAUAGAGGAGGGUAGUGGAAAAAUUGUUGGCGUGGCAAUUGCAAGUAUUAACUAUCCGUUCGACGAGACAAUGGAGAACGAUGACUUUCUUGCGCAUGAUAAUGAUAUUAAUUUACUGAAAUACGAACGAGACCUUCUACUUGAAGCGAAUAUUUUCGAAACAUUCAACAUUGACAAAUAUUUUUGCAUUCACCUUAUCUGCGUUCAUCCGGAUUAUUGUGGAAAUGAAAUUGGCACGUCCUUGGCUCAGACUUGUCUAAUACAAGCUCAACAAAAACAGUGUUCACUCUGCAUUGGUAUUUUUCCAUCAGGUUCUGGCUACACUUUAGACUAUUCUAAUUCUAAAUUGGCGAUGAGAAUCGUUGAUAUCUUGCAGUUCCUUGACGAGUGCCACGUGGUAGGAACGUGCACUACAUGUAGAGGUGGAAUGAAAACUCCUCUCCAACACAUCAAUGAUUUUGAGUGCAAGAAGAAGUGCCAAAGAGUACCGCUCAUCGAUACACCUCUGAUGAGUAGUGGUGUGAAGAUCAUUAUAAAACAACUCAUUCACGCAACUCAACAGGGAGAUACAUCGACCGGAUCCUACUCAAGGAAUCUGUUGAAGUCCUCGGCGAAUCUCACAAUACUGCCCAUCGAUGUCUGCAAAGUUUCCUCGAUUCUCAAGAGACAAAAUUUAUCGGCAACUCUAUCAACAAUUCACGACGGAUUAUGA